AAACAUCUUGCCAAGCUGGGGAAACCUGGAGCCACCCAAGUUACCUGAACCUUCCAAGCUACUAGCACCAAAAGAAGAGCCAGAGUUGGAAGAAAAAGGAAAAAAUGAUCCAGCUCUGAAAAGGUUAGUAGAAACUAGAAGAAUUUCUGACCAAGAUUUAUGUAUUGAUCAUCUUGCUAUUAUUUCAGAAACUUAUCUAUAUCGAGAAGAUUCCUUAGCUAUAUUCAAGGAUGUUGAAAACCAAAUUAGUAAUAUUUAUAGAAGAGAAUUAGCUCGAUUAGAGGAUAUUAAAAUAAAAAUCGUUCUUAUUGCUCAUAUAUAUCAGAUUGUACAAGAAGGACAUUUUGGACAUCAAAUAGAUCAAGAUAUAGCAUUUCCAAGUAGUUCUUAUUUCGCUUUGCCAAAAAUAUGGGCCAAGCCUCAACUAGGAAUAAUUAAUCCACAAAAUACAGAUGAUCAAUGUUUUGAAGCAUGUAUAAAAGCUUAUCUAGCAAGCAAAGAGUUCGAAGAAAACAAUCCAUCUUAUUUAAUAAAUAUUUUCUAUCUAGCACCACCCAAAAAUAACAAAGAGCAAGCAACUAGAAAGAUAAAUCCACUUUGCAUAUCAGAAUAUAACUAUCAAAGAGAACAUAUGGUGAAUUUAAUAUUAUUUACCAAAGAAGAGGAAGAUUUGAGAGAUCGCCGAAAUAUUAAUAAAAUCCCUCUAGGAUUAAAUACAUACUAUUGUCUUAUUAAUGGUAAAAAUGAUCUCAAAGCAGAUAGUGAUCUAGUAGAGAAUAAUAUUAUCAAUGAAAAGACUAUUAAACUACAGAAGCAGAAGCCUAAUAGUUAUAGUUAUGCAUUGAUCCAAACAGAUGGGAAGCUUGCAAAAGAAAUUGUUAGACAAACUCUGAACUCAAUUGCAGAGUCAUAG